UAUCAAGGAAUGGGAAAAAUUCUCAGCACACAGGUUGUUUGCCCUAGGCAGCACACUACUGCGUUUGUUCCUUCAUCCGGAAGAAUUUACUCUUUUGGACUGGGAGGUAAUGGGCAAUUAGGUACAGGAACAACCAGUAAUAGGAAAAGUCCCUUCACAGUGAAAGGAAACUGGCUUCCUUAUAGUACUCAAUGCCCAAUAACCACAGACAGUGAAGAGUGUUAUUGUGUAAAGAGAAUUUUCUCUGGUGGGGACCAAAGUUUUGCACACUACUUUUAUCCACAGACCAUGGUGCCACCAGAUGAUUUUAGGUAUCCUGACUUUUCAAAGCAGAUCUGGACUGUGAAUGAAACGUUUAUUCAAAGAUUGCUGACUUUCCCGUCUGGAAGACUUCCUGUAGAGAUAGCUAAUGAAAUUGAUGGAACGUUCUCCUCAGCUGGGUGCCUGAAUGGGAGCUUCUUGGCCUUGAGCAAUGAUGAUCAUUACAAAACCAGCACUAGAUUCUCAGGGGUUGAUAUGAAUGCUGCUAGACUACUAUUUCACAAACUUAUACAGCCUGAUCACGCUCAUAUAUCACAACAGGUGGCAGCUAGUUUGGAAAAGAACCUUAUUCCCAAAUUGACCAGCUCCUUACCAGAUGUUGAAGCUUUGAGGCUGUAUCUCACUCUACCAGAAUGCCCACUGAUGAGCGAUGCAAACAACUUCACAACGUUAGCUAUUCCUUUUGGAACAGCUAUUCUGAACCUAGAAAAAGCUCCUCUGAAAGUUCUUGAAAACUGGUGGUCUGUACUUGAACCUCCAUUGUUCCUCAAGAUAGUGGAACUCUACAAGGAUGUCGUAGUCCAUCUCUUGAAGUUGUGCAAGAUUGGCAUUCCCGCUUCUGAAAGAAGAAUACUUACCAAUUUUUUACACACGGCUUUCAGAGUUCUGGAAAUACUGCAUAGAGUAAAUGAAAGAGGACAAAUUAUACAGUAUGACAGAUUUUACAUUCAUGAGAUACAAGAUUUGAUAGAUAUCAGAAAUGACUAUGUCAGCUGGGUCCAGCAGCAGGUAUUUGGAAUG